AUGAUAAAAAAUUCCCACAUAGACCAGUACAAACGCAAUGAAAGUUAUUCCGUCUUGGAAGAUAAUUAUUCGUAUGUCGUUAUUGACGAAAGUACAAAAGAAGCUGCGGUUGUUGAUCCAGUAGAACCUGAAAAGAUUCUUCCUGUAGUUGAAGAACAUGGAGCAAAUCUUAAGCAUUUAAUCACAACGCAUUAUCACUUGGAUCAUUCUGGUGGAAAUGAAAAACUUGUUUCUCAACGUAGUGGUUUAACUGUUUAUGGUGGUGAAGAUCGCGUUCUCGCAUUAAAUCAUUUAGUUAAAGAUGGUGAAGAAUUUAGUAUUGGAAACAUUACUGCAAAAGCUCUUUAUACUGCUUGUCAUACUCGAGGAAGUGUCAGCUUUUUUUUGCAAGAUAAAGAUGAAAAACUUCCAGAAGAAACCAAAGUUUAUUGUGGUCAUGAAUAUACUAGAAGUAAUCUCAAGUUUGCUGAAUUUAUUGAGCCUGAUAAUCAAAUUCUCAAAGAAAAAAUUCAAUGGGCUUCUGAAAAUCAACAAACUAUUCCAAGUACUAUUGGUGAUGAAUUGAAAUUUAAUCCUUUUAUGAGAGUUCACGUUGAUAGUAUUAAGAAAGCAACUAAAAAGAAUGAUCCAAUUGAUGUUAUGGGAACUUUGAGAGAGAUGAAAAAUAAUUUUAAAUAA